AUGUCAAUGAAUUUGAAAGGAAUAUCUUAUGAAACUGGCAAUGGGUUGUUGAGUACAAUUUCUGGAAGUGUUGUACAUUAUGCUGUAAAAGAGGCUUUUGUUUGUCAAAACAUGUGGCAUAACUUUAUUUCUGUACGUGUUCUCUUUGCUUUGUGCAAAUUUUCUCUUUUUUCCGUUUGUUUACAUGUGGAAGUCUUGGAAAGUGCAUUUGGUACAAUUCUUGGUCGUGCAAAUCCUGUGAUGGAUGUGGGCGGUUUUGGUUUGUGCAACGUCAUAACCUCUGCUUGUGUAGGCGUAUUUGCUACUGGAGUCUUAGUAUUUGCCUUGUUAAGCCAAGGAAGUUGUUCAAUCAUUAGGCCUUUGCAAAGAAAGAUUCGAGUUGUGUGCAAAUACGAAGCUGGUUUGCAUUCUGUGUGCAAAUACGAAGCUGGUUUGCAUUUUGUGUGCAAUUACGAAGUUGGUUUGAUUAACGCAGUCAUAUUUGCAUUGGCUUUGGAUCACUACUUAAGUGGAAAAUUGCAAGUUUCUCCUUGUGAAAUUGCCAUCUUGCCUCAAGGAUUUCGUUUUGCUGUAGAUUUGCCAGAUGGCCCAUCACGUGGUUAUGUCGCUGAGAUAUUCGGCACCCAUUUUAAACUUCCUGAUCUUGGCCCAAUAGUCCACCACACUGUGGACACAAUUCUGAUUAAUGUAGGUGCUAAUGGUCUUGCUGCUCCAAGGGAUUUUCUUGUUCCAUUAGCCUGGUUUGAAGAAGAUUACAAGCCAGGUUAUACUAUAGUACAAAAAUUUGGUGGAGAACUUUUUACGGCAAGACAAGAUUUUUCACCUUUCAACGUAGUUGCUUGGCAUGGUCAUUAUGUUCCAUAUAAGAUGUUGUCUAGGAAUUUGGGACGUCAGCUUUUGGAUCUGUAUCAUGUGCGUGGAUUCCUCUUGGCUCUUGCUUUAUCAUCCGGGCACCAUAAAUUCUUUAUAUUUGCGGGAUUUAUUUGUCCGGACUCCGGUGUUAGCAUUUCCCAUUUACGUAAAUUUUCUUGUUUAACUUUUUCUCACCAGCAGAUAGGCUUGAUUUUUAAUCCACACCGGCCUGAAGCCGGAAAAUACUAUGCUCGUCUUAUGAAUACAUAAAAAUGCCUGGCUGCAAGGUAUUUGGCACAUUACGAUUGAAAAGGUAAAUUACCCGAUGUUAGUCUUUAUUAUAUAGAUAGGGUUGAAAUUCUGGAAAAAAAAAUCUUUGGAAUGAUACCGAGGAGUUAUCAAGAUGAUGCAAAUUUUCGGUGCUUGCCGAAGUCGAGGACCAUUGAGCUUAUUGAUUUUGUCAUUACUGCAUUUCAAAAUCAAUGCCAUACCUCCUUUGUUUCCACAAGGCAUUACAGAGCCCCUGAUAUUGUACUGGGUAGGAGCCUGUCCUGGCCAUUAAAUUUGCUGUGGCCAGGACUGAGCCAAGUUUGUCUCAGCCACUGCACUUCUUCUCACUUUCUUUACCCCGGAAAAGGAAAGACUUUAUUGCAUAUUUGUCCCAUCAUUUGUUUCCAGUCUCAUUGUAUUUGAUUGCAACAGAGGAAGUGAAAGAAGCAUACAAAUAGUCUAGAGCUGCGUUUGGUUGGUCCAUGAAAGUUCCUUCAUUUUGCAGAAAAUGUGAAUGGUGCAGUCUUCUCAGCAUUAAAAUGUGUGGCCCAACAGACCCAUCUCAGGUUUCUUUGAUUUAUUUUUGGCUUCAUAUUCGGUAUGGAUGUCCGACUCCCUCUCUUGUAUUAACACUUCAUGAUCUGCUGUGUUAAAAUCGAUGGUUAUGAAAAGAACGGGAUGAAAGUAGGACAUGAUA